AUGAAUAAAACUCACCCCCAGAGAAAUGGUGAUGUAGCUACUUUUGAUUCAACAAAGUCCUUCUCCGAAGAAAGAGUGAAUCGCUUCUGUGCAGCCUCCAAUAACCGGACAGGCUUCUUGUGCGAUGACAGAGUGACCUGUGUCCCAGCCAGCCAGGUCUGUGACAGAGUCAGCAACUGCAGGAAUGGAGAGGAUGAGCAGGAGAAACUCUGUGGUGACUUGCCCAGCAGCCUUCCAGGAUACCUGAUUUUCCGUUGCAGUAACCCCACGUACUGGGUCUAUGCCGAUCAGAGGUGUAACGGGAUGAACGACUGUGGAGACUGCUCUGAUGAGAUGGGAAGCUUGGCUGCCUGCCUGCCAUGCGGGUCGGAGUGGUGGAGCUGCAGCCCUGUGCUCUACGAGUUCUGCUCCUGUGUCCCCAGGAGGCUGUGCCGGGACGGCGUCCAGCACUGCCUCAGCUGGUCCGAUGAGUAUAUCUGCAGACCAUGA